GAUUUGUGGACUUUUUCAGUCUUUGCUCAUAUGGCUUCGUGGAUGAACCAGUUAUGCGGAAAUGGAUACAGCUUUACACUAUAUUGUACUCUUGCUUAUGGUAUGCCUGAUGGCUCAAGGUCAACGUAUAUCGGAAACAAAAUGUUCCGAGUAUCGUAAGCUAACCACGUCAACUGGAUCGAUCAUAAGAUUGGAUUUAAUAUCGAAACCAACCACUUUUGAAAGCUUCAAAUGUAACAAAACCGUCGAUCUUAUAUUGGGAGGAGAAAAAACAAAGCCACACGAAUUCCCUCAUCAAGCACUCCUUGGUUGGGCUCUGGACAAUAACACAAAGCGAUAUGAGUUCCGUUGUGGCGGAUCGUUGAUUUCCGAAGAGUACGUACUAACAGCGGCCCACUGCACGAAGCAUAGAAAACCAGUAAUUGUCCGCCUAGGAGAGCACGAUCUUCAAAAUGACGAUGAUGAUGUUGUUGACAUCGGUAUUUCUUUGAUUGAACGACACCCUCAGUAUAAUGUUAGCAGCUUAUAUCAUGAUAUUGCUCUGAUCAAACUACAGGAACCGGCUGGAUUUUCCGCUAUCAUACGACCGGCAUGCCUAUGGACUGGCCUGGCCGAAAAUGUGACAUCAGUAAUUGCCACCGGAUUUGGACUAACUAAGAUCGCCGAAAAGCAAUCUGAAGUACUGCGUAGAGUUAAGCUGGACUUUUUGCAUAAACGGGAAUGUGCGGCUGAGUAUAAGAAUCUGCGGGGCUUUAAACGAGGCAUGAUCGACGAACAAAUGUGUGUAGGCAGUAAAACCGGUGGUAAGGAUACCUGUGAGGGGGAUUCUGGUGGACCAAUACAGGUGAUUACGGAAACGAAUGGUUGCACGUACCAUAUACUAGGAAUCACAUCGAAGGGGCCAAGAGAAUGUGGAAUAGGCAGAUCGCCGUCUCUCUAUACACGUGUGGCAAGCUAUAUCGAUUGGAUCGAAGGGAUUGUUUGGAAGUGAAAUAUUUGAAAUUCGAAGUGUAACUUUUUGUUUAUUCAAAUUGUUUAUUUUUUCAAUAUUGCAUGUACUGGAAAUUGAUUCUAGUUUUCCUGCAAUUUCUACCGGUUUUUUUUUUUCUUAUAAUAAAACAACAAAUAAUCCAUUUAUGAAGAAAAAAAAACAACAAAUAAUAUUCAAUUUACAAAAUUCAAACUAGCUCGAUAGUCGAAAUAUGAUCGCUUUUAUUAUAAACAAUUAUUUGUUAUGAUUUUUAACAACAGAUUUUAAUUGCUUGAAAUAAAUGUAGAUUUGCACAUUUCAUAAUUU